AUGUUGGAAGAGCUUAAUUUAAACGACGAGCUUAAAUCACUCAAAAUCUCGAAUUCAAAUUCUUUUUUACCCUCUGCUUCCGACUCCAAGGCCGCUACCUCUAAUGAUACACUUGAUUCUCUUAACGGAGCUGAUAUUAAUAAUACAGCCGCUCAUAUUAACACAAAUAUUAAACUUGGUGAUAUUAACACGGUAUCUGGUGGUGUAGAUGACGAUGUGUUGUUAACGGGUUAUAAUAUUUUUGUUAAACUAGAAAAGCCUAUCCCUGAUACUGUUUCUUACACUGACCUUACUAAUCCCACUGACCCUGCCAACACUCACGACAUGGUUGAUAUGGAUAAUAGUGUAAAUGGCCAUAACACUGUCAACUCUGUUGAAGCGGAUAGCACUAUUGAUGCGGUUGAUGAGAAUAAUACUGUGGAGAAGGUGGAGAACGAGAAAAAGAGCGGUUGGCUUAUGAGUAGUAUUAAAAGAACACCAAAAGCACAUUACGUGAAAAACUUAAAGGAUUUGAAAAAAGGUAAAAAAAACGAAUUACAACUAUUUCAUCCAAAGAACCGAAGUUUGUCAUCGCAAUCCUCAACCGUAUCUACACAUACCAAUAACACGCACCUCACUAAUAACUCACAUAAAUUCCAAAAACUUUAUUGCCAGACUUGCAAUAAACAUAACCCUCUUAGCAUCAAUAAGCUGAACAAUUAUAAUGCAAUAAAUCCGUAUGUUAAUAAAUAUCUAUCCUGUAGUCCCAUUUUGAAUGAUGGGUACAGUAACGAUUUCGUCUGGGAUAAUAAUGAAAGGAAUACGAGGACUAAGUUUGAUACUGAGAACAUAAAUAAUUGGCUGAAAACCAUAUUGAACAUUAUAGUGACUUUCAUCUUAAUUUAUAUUUUAAUUGUUAUUUUCAUCAUUUUAAGGAAGGAUAUUAUUAAUCAUAUUAAUAAUAAUAAAACCGUUGUACACAAUAAGUCGCAGGUAUGUUUUAAUGAGUAUACUAAGAACAAGUGUAAUGUGAUAAAGAUCCCGGCAAUGGAGAGCAAGUGUAAGGAGUGGGAGCUGUGCAUGAAGAAGGACUCUUUGGUAUACGAGGACGUCUCUUCGAUCUCGGUGGAGAUCAUAGGCUCACUGAUCAAUAAAUUGAUUAGUCAGCUGGACCUCAAAGCAAUACUCUUUCUAAUAAUAAUAAUUCUCCUGGUCAUCAUAAUCAAGAUCAAAAACAGACCCAAGCCAGAUAAUCAAAACCACAAAAUGCUCAACAAAUACUACGUCCCCAACUAUAAAAAUUUCUAUCCGUACACCUGA